ACAGCAAUGGCGAGCGGAAAGAAGAGUGUACCCCUGUCUUCGUUGGCGGUUUACGAAUCAGACAAUGAUUCCGAUGCAGAAACUGAGGAUACAGAGGGUCAUGGGGGGCUGGUGUCAGCCAGCUAUGGGGAGGACGACGUAGGCCGGAUGGAGGAGGGUGAAGACAGAGCUUCGGGGGACGAGGACAGCGUGGACAGCUCCAGGAAUUCGGAAGAGGACGAAUCAGACGUUGAGGGGGGAGACGCAGAUGAUUUGAAGGAUAUCUCUGAAAGUGAGAAGAGGGACCCCAAUGAACUUGUUGCUCAGUUUUCAGAAAAAGUGAGGAACAUGUCGCCGGAUGAAAUUCGGAUUCCCCCUGAGCCUCCAGGACGUUGCUCUAACCACCUGCAGGAAAAGAUCCAGAAGCUCUAUGAGCGCAAGCUACACGGUGACUUUGACACAAACAGCCACAUCCAGAAGAAGAAGGAUUUCCGAAACCCCAGCAUUUAUGAGAAACUUAUCCAAUACUGUGGCAUUGAUGAACUUGGAACCAACUAUCCAAAGGACAUGUUUGAUCCACAUGGCUGGUCUGAGGAUUCUUACUAUGAAGCUCUAGCCAAAGCUCAGAAAGUGGAGAUGGACAAACUUGAGAAAGCCAAGAAGGAACGGACCAAGAUCGAGUUUGUGACGGGCACCAAGAAGGGCACGACCACCAAUGCUGCAGCUCCCACCACCAACACGACCAGCACCACAGCAACAGAGGCCCAGAAGAGGAAGAGUAAGUGGGACUCCGCCGUGCCGGUGACCCUGGCCCAGCCGGCGCUCCUCACCACCACAGCCACGCUGCCCGGCGUCGUCUCCGUCACCACCACCGCCAGCGGCACCAAGACCACGGUCAUCUCCGCAGUUGGCACCAUCCUCAAGAAGGCCAAGCAGUGAGCAGGAGGAGAGGGUGUCUGUGUGUGGCACGGGCUGCCUGGAAGCUGAGGGGGGGGGGUGUCCAUGGCAAACAACACAGAGCGUCCCCAGCCGCUGCUGUAUCAGCCUGCCAAUAGUGUGAAGCGCACUCACAGAACACUUCAGUCUCCACAACCCCAGUCCCCUCUCCAUAACUCCCUCACCCUUCGGGCUUCAUAGACAUCAUCUCAGGAGCCCCCCCCCCCCCCCUUUUUCCUCUUCCAUUCUGCUGAAAAAAAGGUCAUGCUGAUUGUAUGUUCCCCUCUAUCUAUGACCUCGUCCAGCAGCAGUGAGCACGUAUGCGGUCCUCUCUCAGGGUCACAGGUUGAGCUGGCUAGAAGACAGACAGGUACGUCAUCAGAACCACAUGGUUACUUGUGUCUGCUCAGGAAUCAAAGAAGAAGGAGGUGUUUCCAUCUACCAUUAAAUUGGUUCCAGGAUUCCUUUUCUUCAUAGGAUUUGGUUUCGUAGUGGUUGUGUGUAUAUAUAUUUUUUUGUCUUGAUCACUUGGCCAUGGAGUCGAUGUCUGACCAUCUUUUUUGCAGAGACGAGACUGUUUGGGUUUGGUGUUGGGCUGAAUCGUACUAAGGGGUCAGGUACCAGUUCAGUCUAGUCACUCCUCCUAUCUUCUUACUGGUUCUACUUCCAUCAGGGACCUCCUCAUUUUUGAGACAGCAACCAAACAAGGUGUUCAACAAUUCAACUCCAUAAAAAUCCUUCCAUUUUGGUGUCCAGUACAACUGGAGAGAGAGGCUGUGUGGGGGAACUUACUGCUGUUGAAAUGUCACAUUUGGAAAAUGUUGAAAUCAGUUUAGUUUGUGUUUUUUUUCUUUCUUUCACAUUUUAAAUGUAAUUGGAUUUUACUGCCUGUCAAAAGCCCUUUUUGGUAGUAUUUUUUUUUUUUUUUUUUUUAUACCUGUAUA